AUGUUCAAUUCAGCCUAAAAAAGAGCCCCACCUUAACUCUUAGUAACUCCAAGAUAUAGAACUACUCAAUCCGAAUACAAUAAUCCGAAUUCAGAGAGGUUAUUUGAAAAGGCUAAAGAAAACUCAUUCAAUUAACUGAAAGUUCUUCAAUAGAUUGGUUAUGGGAAAUUCAGUAAAGUGAUGCUAGCUAUGUUAAAUGGAGAAAAAUUUGCAUUGAAGAUAAUAAAUAAAGGUUGCACAAUCAAGACUCAGACCUAAUAGCACUUAUAAAGAGAAAUCCAAAUAAUGAAGUAGCUCAAUCAUCCGAAUAUUGUUAAAUUAUUUAAAGAGUUUUCAGACGAGAAGAAUGUUUACUUGCUCUUAGAAUAUUGCAAUUAAGGUUCACUUUUUAAUUAAAAAUUUGAUUAAACGCAAAUAAAACAAAUUAUUAAGGAAGUUCUACUCGCAUUAAAAUAUCUGCACAGUCAAGGAAUUAUGCAUAGAGAUAUUAAGCCAGAAAAUAUCUACUUACAUAACAAUCAUGUAAAAUUAGGAGAUUUUGGGAUUGCCUAGUACAUAAAGAAGCAGAGUAAAUCCUUCUGCGGAACCUUAGAUUAUAUGGCACCAGAAGUUAUAAAUUAGAAUUUUUAUGAUAAUCGCAUAGAUAUUUGGUCUGUUGGGAUUUUGACAUACGAAUUAAGUAAUCUUGAGCCUCCAAUCAAAGAUAGAGAUUAAAAGCUAUAAAUGAGACGAAUAAUUUCAGAGGAAGUAUAAUAUCCGAGACAUUUUGACCAGAAACUUAAAAAUUUUAUAUCUAAAUGUUUGAAAAAAAGGAGUGAUGAGAGAGCAACAAUAGAUGAGUUGUUAAAUGAUGAAUAUAUUCAUUCUUGA